GUUUUUGGAAAUGGAAUUGACAAUGCUCAGUGGAAACAGUCAGCAUCCGGCCUGUGGAGAAAAAUCAGCUCGCCCUCUCUCUCUCUCUCUCUCCUAUAUAUAUAUUUCUGAAAUUUGAUCUUUCAAAUGGCCAUUGUCUGCGCUCUCCAGUUUCGCCGUGCAGAGUCUCUGCUUAACCGGCCAAACCCAAACCCCAGCUUCCCAUUCGAUGGCUAUGGCUUCCUCUGCCUCCAUUAGAUCGCUAUUCUGCGCUCUUCCUACUUCUCGUGGCGAGCAUGGCUUCACGCCUGGGACUUCUGUGGUGAAUUUCGGCUAUAACACGGCGGAGAAUGUGAGGGGAAACGGAUUGUCUUUGAGGAAGAAAUUUGAGUUGAAUUGUUCAGUAGACCGGGAGAUGGAUGUGAGCACAGCAGCAUUGGCUGAUGGGGUUACAGAGUGCUUAGAUGAUGUAGAAGAGGGGGAGAAGGAGCCUAAUAUUUCAACAAUAUUGAUGAAUUUUGAAAGUAAGUUUGAUCCGUAUGGUUCAAUGAGCACACCUCUUUAUCAAACAGCUACCUUUAAGCAGCCUUGCGCAACAGAAAAUGGUCCCUAUGAUUACACUAGAAGUGGAAAUCCUACGCGGGAUGUGUUGGAAAGCCUUUUGGCGAAGCUUGAUAAAGCAGAUCGAUCACUUUGUUUCACAAGUGGGAUGGCUGCUUUGACUGCUGUAACUGGUCUUGUUGGAACUGGUGAGGAAAUUGUUGCUGGAGAUGACAUAUAUGGUGGUUCUGAUCGGUUGCUAUCGCAAGUAAUUCCAAAGAAGGGAAUUGUGGUUAAACGAGUCAAUACUACUGAUUUAGAGGAGGUGGCUUCUGCAAUUGGACCCUGGACAAAGCUCGUGUGGCUGGAGAGUCCAACCAACCCUCGAUUACAAGUUACUGAUAUUCGUAAAAUUGCAGAGAUGGCACAUGCACAUGGUGCUCUUGUCUUGGUGGAUAACAGUAUAAUGUCUCCUGUUUUGUCCCGACCUUUGGAACUUGGUGCAGACAUUGUGAUGAACUCCGCUACUAAAUUUAUUGCUGGACAUAGUGAUGUCAUGGCAGGUGUUCUUUCUGUAAAAGGGGAAAGCUUGGCACAAGACUUGUAUUUCCUACAGAAUGCAGAGGGCUGUGGAUUGGCCCCAUUUGACUGUUGGAUCUGCUUACGUGGUAUAAAGACUAUGGCCUUACGGGUUGAGAAGCAGCAGGAGAACGCACAGAAGAUUGCUGAAUUUCUUUCCACCCAUCCACGUGUAAAAAAAGUUAAUUAUGCUGGUCUUCCUGGUCAUCCUGGGCGCUCCUUGCACUAUUCUCAGGCGAAGGGGGCAGGCUCUGUGCUUAGCUUUUUGACAGGGUCAGUGGCACUGUCUAAACAUGUUGUUGAGACUACCAAGUACUUCAGCAUAACUGUCAGCUUUGGGAGUGUGAAAUCCCUAAUAAGCUUGCCUUGCUUUAUGUCACAUGCAAGCAUACCAGCUGCGGUGCGUGAGGCCAGAGGUCUAACAGAAGAUCUUAUUCGUAUCUCUGUGGGAAUUGAGGAUGUGGAUGAUCUGAUAGCUGAUUUAGAUGCUGCCCUAAGAACUGGGCCUCUAUAAGUUCUAGAGAAUUUUUAAUUGUGAGCCUCCGAUUUGAAUAAUGAUCUUGCCUUUUCUUUUGAGUAUAUGAAUAUGUGAAAUCACAUUCAAUUAUGUGAUUAUAAUUAUGGUUGCGUGAUUAUUUACUGC